CGGCACACCAUACACUGCCGUGCCAAACACGGCAACCAUAUGCUGUGCCAACAUGUCAGCACGAGUAACCCGCGUUACCACUCGGGCUGCGUCAAGCAAGGUUGCCAAGCCCAGUCCAAUGACCUUCCCAGCAAGCAAACGGAGGAGGCAAAAUAGUAGCAGCAGCGGUCCCAGCAUCGAUAUGGCCGCCGCAGCAAACAGCAGCGAGAUUAACCGGAAGGCCGCCGUUGCUGCGAAUCCGGAUCCCGGAGCAAGGAAGACAGAGGCAGGAGCGAAGUGUGGCAUCUCCUCUGUGGUAAUGGUAAAGGUUCCCCAAGGGUUCUCUUUCACACAGGCAGCGUGCAGCUACGGGUACUUCGUCGUCCCUCCCAACCUCUGGCAACCGUGCGAGAGCGCGCCCGGUCUUCGUGAUUCAGGCACGUUCAGCCGCCCGCUCAGGUUCGGUCAGCGCUUGGUCAACACGGCAAAAUGCACAAUAUCUCUUGUCCCGGCAUGUGGGGCAGCGUCAAAUCCCAACCAAGGUUCGGGAGGAGACCAACAGGCCAUGGCGCUAAGGGUGGACGUGGUUUCUGCGGAGGCUUUGACAGAGUCCGAUCAAGAGGAUAUUCGUGUACAAGUUGUGAGGAUGUUUCAGACUACCAUCGACUUGGCGCCGUGGUUCCGUCUUCACCCUGAGGCCAAGAAGCGAGGCUACGGCCGGCUUUUCCGCUCGCCUACAGUCUUCGAGGACAUGGUCAAGAGCAUCACGGGAUGCAACAUGAAGUUCGGGGGAACUAUUCGCAUGAACAAGUUGCUGUGCGAGGAAUUUGGGCGGUCCGGGGCUUUCCCUACCCCUGAGGACCUGGAAAACGUCCAGGAGGAAGACCUCAAGGAGAAAGCCAAAGUGGGCUACCGCGCCGGCCGCAUCCUGAGGCUGGCAGAGAGCUUCCGGGACGGCUCCGUUGACCCCACCUGGCUGGAGGCACCCGAACGGACGAGGGAAGAGGUGCUUAAAUUUGUCAAGGGCCUGUACGGCUUCGGGGACUACGCGGCGGGGAACGUGGCGAUGUUGCUGGGCUUCUACGAAGAUAUCCCGAUGGAUAGUGAAACCGUCCGGCACUUCAAGGAUUAUCACGGUGUAACCACCAAGAACGUGAAGGAGGUGGCGCCAAGGGUAAAGAAGGAGUACGAGAAGUACGCUCCGUACCAGUUCCUUCAAUACUGGUAUGAGAUGAUAACGUGGCACGAGAAGAAACGGGACUUGGAGGUCCAUCUGUGGAACGCGAGUGAAUUUUCCUUCUGAUUGUCACGGGGUUUCGAUGCUGAGCCCUGAGAUCUAUCUGGCAAGGUGCGUGUGCAACACGAAACCGGGUGUCCAGUUGGAAUGCUGGGGUUGAACUUCGGCCGGUUGGGGCGUCCCGACCAUCUGGAUUUCCGUACAGGAGAAGAGAAGACCGACACUCGGUUUCUCGACGAUUUCCGCUGGAAUUCCGAAGGGAACCGCAUGCGGUAAGACAAUCCCACUCCGUCUUCAGGUAGAGCAGAGGAAGUGUGAUGUUGUUAGGCGAGACGGCGAAGUAGCCAGCCGUAUUGAGGGCAACGUUGAGCACUUGCCUCGAAGAAGCUGGCGACCGCUACCAUUGUUGAACGAAGGCCAGGCAAUCCAGAACUCAUCAGGAUGCCGUGACGCGCAUACCGAGUCUCAAGCUGAAGGUAGAAAGGAGCAAGAAGGAGACGGUGGACAGCGAGUGGUACCGUGAGUGGAAAAUAGUGUACAACAAACAGGUAUUGUGGAUAGGGAACUACAGCAUUUUGAUCAUGGUAGCCAUGUAAAUGCGAAACGCUACCAAAACGAUAGACAAGCGAAACGCUGCCAAACCGAUAGAAUUACCAAGAUGUGUUGAGGCAUGGCACAGCCUAGCGUGGAUGCGAAGGGGUAGGAGGCAGUUGACGAAGGGUUUGCCGCCGCCGGAGCAACUUGGUGUGUCAACGUGGUUGUGUCUUGGGUGCGUUGAACAUCCCACGCUGCCAGAGCCAAGGCCAAAGAAGAGUUGAAGAUGCAGUUCUUGUCAUCGUUCAGAUAUGUAUAGUCUAUAAGGAUACUCCGCGUUGCGCCGUGGACAUGGCGAAGGUGAGAGAAUACUUGACGAAGCAUUUUUUGUCACUGUUCGGAGGUGUAGGUGAGGGAUGUUCCGGGUUGCGCCAUGACCAUAGCGAUUGACUCCCUUUUUCUGUUGUGCCCUUUGCACCAGCGGUCCAACAUCGGCGACCGCAGCAAGGGAGACCGACGUUUUCGUGAACCGUGCCAGAUAUUGCAAGAGUAUCUCCGUCCAGGCAGUCGAGGUAGUCGAGGAAGUGACAGGACGUCCUUGUUGGGUGGUUUGUUGAGGGCUGGUAACGUCACCGGAAAGAGGAGAUACAGAUCUUCAAAUUGCAAGUGACAGGGCUACGUAUGAGGCCGCCCUGUCCAUACCAUUUCCCAGCGGACUCCGCAUGUCGAAUGAUAUUCCACAUGUGUUUGUCCCUGGCUACGGUAGACAGAUGCUAAAGUGGACAUCCGACGUCUCCUUAUCACAAACUCCCUCUUGGUUAUGCCGACGGCGUUGAAGUCAUUUUCGACGUAGACAAUCGCGGAACCCCGCGUGACAAAAUGAUCCAGGAGCGGGCUUGCUUUAUGAGCCGAGUUGAGACGUCAGACGAGUGGGUGCAAUAACAAUAGGGGUUCAGUGCGCCUUGUGCACCAAGUCCUUAUCAUCAUUGGCCCUGUUCAAAAUGGUGUUUGGUGUUGGUUGUUUUCGUUGUUUUUGUUGUCUUUACGUUAACAAGCCGUUCCUGUAUCAGCUCAGAAUCUUGUGAAGUCUGUGUUCAACUGACGCGGUGUUGACCUUGGACGUUUGGUGUUUCUUGCCAACAUCGCCUUCAUUCAACACAGCCGAAAAUACCGCCAGUGGUGCCAAAUCGAAGCAAGCACGUCAAAACGCCAUCAAGUGCUGCGUGAGAGACCUCAGCAGAAGCACCAGGGUCAGGGUUAUAGGCGACCAACCUGAGCUUGUCGGCGUAGGCAAGGAAGUCAGACUUUUAGCCAGUUGGUGAGUCCAGCUAAUCCACAUGACGUGAUGGGAGUGCUUAGAUUGAAGCCUCUCCUUGAAGAAAUCGAUUGAACCGUAACGCUGUCCGACUGCGCCAGACGUAUUUUAUUCAGAGGGUCUCCUGUGGUGCGUUCUUGUCCUCUGAGGGUCGUUGGGGUUGCAUUUCUUGCCCGGAGGGCUAGACAAAACGGCGUCCGGGAAAAUGACAUCAUCCAGAGGAAAUGGGCAGAUGGACGCUAACCUAGCCUCGGAUAGCC